AUGAAAUCGAGUAAAAAAAUUGCCGAAUUCUUCAGAGUUGUCAAACCGUGCUUGCUUCCAAUCAAUUUGUGCGGUUGUGUCCGUUUCUGCUCGACAGGUGAUUUUCAAGAGCUUUCAAUCCACAGAAACUCUUUUUUUUCAGAAAUUUAGAGGUUGAAGAAACUACGAAGAAACCUGGUUCACCAAAAAGCGUCCCUCCUGAAGUUCGAAUUCUCAAUCUAACAACUCCUUUGUUAUUAGAUGCAGCUGGAAACAGUUCAUUCACUGUAUUUUUUUUUAUAGAUACUGCGAGAAUAGAAAAUUAAGGUCGAGGCAACAAAAUUACAAGAAAACUGUACAAAUUGCUGUCAUGUAGAAGGGGCAGUAAACGUUACAAUAUUUUCGUCAAUAGAAAAUUCAGUUCUUUAUGUUGAAAUCGAAAAUACGAUAACUGAAGGUGAUUUCAACAUUUGGUGUCAGCUGGGACAUUGUAAGUUUCAAAAAACUUCAUAACAGAAAGUUUUUUUUAGUUAAAGCAGUCUUUGACACACCAGUCCAUGUUCUCGAGCUCAGCCGUUAUGUUUCCAUAAAAAUUCAUUCACCUGCCGUUUUCAAAGCUCUAAACGCGCAGAGAACACUGAUAGUGACAUUCACUGAGCAACUUCCUGAUUUUUUAUCAGAGGAACCUUUUUGUUUGAUAGACGGUGAGAAGUGUUGACACCAUGGCAACCAAUUUUGUUAUAAUCACUCCGAAGAGUGUUUUUUUGAUCGGAAAACUCUAGGGAAGGAAUAUGUAGCUACGUCGCACCUGCAAACCCUCACUUGCCAACUCGACGCCCUGCGAGAGGUCGGAACUUCGAAGGUCUUUGCAGUACGGCAAAAAGCUCUUCUCGAUGCGACUCUCCGGUGGCAGUAAGUUCAAUGAUGCUGCUCAAAAUUUUUUUAUAGACGAUAAAAUUCUAAGUGAAACAUCUGAACGAAAUUUGCAGAGAUCCCAUUCAAGUCGAGACGGAAAAAAGCGAAGAAUUCCCCGCUAUAGUGGCUACGCUUUCGAGUGAUUUGCUUGGAAUCAACAUCAUAAGCCAUACUUCGACGGUUAAAUUUCCAGUAGGAUUACUAGACUGUGAUUCAAUUUUCCAAGAUGUUUCCAUAUUAGGAGGUUGGAUUUACAGCUCUUCUACUCUAGAAAUUUGAAACAUUUCAGCUAACUCGGUUUGUGUAGGCGAUGGAGAAAAUGUAGCUGUUCGAUUCGGUCAUAAUUCAACGUUAAUUCCUAAUCGAGGCAUUAUACUCCGGUAUUUGAAAAUAUCUUGAAUUUUUGUACAUGCUCUUUAUUGCAGCAAUCCAGCGCUAAAUUUGUCUGUCGAAUUUCUCAAGGACACUGUAAGUAACAAUUUUUGUUAAACUUAUGAAUUGCAAAGGUUUAUCCAAACUUCACCGUUAUUUAUCCGCCCGAAGUGAUGCCAUGCAAAGACAUUGUGAGGUUCGAGGUGAAGCAAGUCACUGGAAACGGCAUGAUGCCUAUGACUUUCAAAUGGAUUGUCAUAAAUGGUUGGUUUCAAGAAUUAGAAGAAAACAACAAAACAACAACUGAGAAAAAGAAUCAUCGAAGUUAAGGUUCCACGGCCUUUUCAACUUUGGCAAGUUCCACAAACGAACGCGUUCUGCAAGUUCCAAGAGUGGAGGUAGGUUAAUUAUGAAUGAAAUGACAAAUCGUUAGUCAUUAUUCAUAAUUACCUACAGUUGGCGAAGAACAACAUCUUUGUUGUGGUCGGCUGCAACAUUGCUGACAAAUGCACGACAACUCAACCCCUUUUAGUGCAACUAGUGGACGAAUCUACAAUUUUUUCUGUUUCAAUGGAAGGUUGGUCUCCUCUAAAAAACUUCCCAGAGAAAGUUUUUGUGAAGGUCUCGACGUAAUCUAUAAAAAGCUAUGGACUUACAAUACUCGUUUCACAUUUGUCAGCAAAAUAUCGGAAGUUAGAGCCUUAUUCUCGGAGAAUUAACUAUUUAAAAACACACAUUUCAUUUUUCCUAGUUUUCGAUAAAAAUUUUUUCGUAAAUCUGAUUUUGUGAAUUCAAUCUUCCGGCUGGUAACUUGCCCAGUUUGGAUAGCCAUUCAACGACUUCCAACCUGGGACUGCCAAAAUCGGAGGCUGCCAAUCAAUAACUUCAAACCUGUAACUGCCAAUCUCACCUCCAUCUUGCGACCGCAAAAAUCAAGGCUGCAAAAAUCUGGAGCAGUCAAUGACUUCCGACCUGGGAUUUCCAAUUUAUGGCAGUUGCAACACACUGCCAAGAAAGUAACACAAAAAAAAAGAAAAGCAACGAGAAUUUUAGGUGACUAUUUGCGAAACUCAUAAGAAAAAAUGAAGCUUUGUCAGUAGCUCACAAGUUUAGGCUAUGAGCCGUCAGCCCCAACUUCAAUGGGACUCAAACUUCUCGCAAUGCCAUCUCUCCAGCAGUGCAAUAUUACUUUGACACCAAACGAUGUUCAGGUAGUUUAUUCACGUAUAGACCUAUAAUUAUAAGCUUUUUCAAGUACGAAUGGCUUAUAAAUGACAAGUUCGUUACUUAUGACGACACUAUUCGCCUACCAGUGAACUUCCAAGUUUUUUCAGUAGUUGUAAUUUUUGCUCUCAGGCAUAUUCUUACAAUGCUAACCAAAUAGUAAACGUCACACUCACGGCUAACUACAAAGACUCCAAACUUUUCCGAGUUAUUGAUGCAAAGAUGAUUCGGGUUAGUAAAUAAUUCGAAAAACUGAUAUUUGUCUUUUUUGUUUUCCAGUACACAGAUUUACCUUUAUCCGUCAGUGUUGAUUGCUCUAAACGUCAAGUGGCAGCCGAUCAAGACUUAUCGAUAGACGCGACAGCAACUGAUCCAAACUCAAAAAAGUCAACGAUCGAGUUCAAUUGGCAAUGCGAGGCGGUUAACGGUUUGAUAUGGACCAUAGGAAUUCAAAAGUCCAAAGUGAAACUGUUAAGGAACAGCGGAAGCAAUGAGCCCAACAUGUGGUAUUAUAGGAAUCGACUGGAACGCCAAAACUUUAAAAAUUUUCGCUGGUAGAUUGAAAGAAAAACAAACGUGAGAAAAUCAAAUUACUCACUUUGCAAGAAAAUGAUUCAAGGCUCAACUUCUCUGUAACGGUCACGGCAAGUGAAAAACAGGCUGCUGCUUUUUGCAUCGUUGUUGUUGCUGCGAAAAGGCUGCCGGACAUUUCGUUUAGCAUUUUGGCGGAGAAAAAAGAGAACAUCAAUGACUUUAUCCGGUACUGUGGUCAACUCAGCUCUAAAUCUCAAUAAAAAAUUUAAGAAUCCAAGCACUUGUGACUUCAAGUGGGUCUCAGCUCAAUGCAACAUGGGAAGUGGUUCGCGAUGGAAACAACGGUACUCUAACUUCUUCAAUUUUUCGAGUAGAAAAUAAAUUUGCAGGAUUUUUCAGCAUUUCGACUUUCCUACACUCUCCUACUAACAUUGUUCGACAGGUUCCACCUAACUCACGUAUUGUGGUUUCUUUGACAAUACCUCCGAGAUCUGCCAAGUUCGAGAUGAGUUCAUUCUCUCAAGUAAACGGUUUUUAGUGUUGACGGUUGGACAGGGCUUCUUGCUGGAAAAAGAUAUACAAUCAGACUGUGGGCCACAAACAGUGAAGGAACUUCAUUUGCCGAUCUAGCGAUUACUACAAACUCUCCACCGCAGAAAGGCUCCAUAGAGGUUAGCGUGAGCUUAAAGUUUUUCUUUCUUAAAAUUCUAUAUUUAAGGUAACUUGCGCGAAUCCGUGCGUCGCUUUGGUCAGUCCUGUAACUUUCACAGUCGGGGACGGUUGGAUUGACGAAACGGAAGAUCUGCCACUCUCGUACCGAUUUGGAAUAAAAACUUUCUUUGCAAAUAACUCAACAGCUGAAUACUGGUUCACACGAGGAACAGCAAAAAUUCAUCAGCUAUAUCUUCCUGCAGGUUGUUUUGAGAAAAAUCAACAAUCUUCAUUUUUUCAGCCUUCAAUGGAACAGAGAUCCCUUGCAAUGAACGCCUUGCAUUUGCGGCUCUUCUGUCAGUUUGCGAUCGUUUGGAGUCUUGCACGACGAGCGACUCAGAAAAAUUCGAAGUGGUACACCCGGAAAAUAUUUCUAUCGCUUUUUCUGACAUGAUCACUUCUUUCAACACUGAUUUAGUAAACGGUGAGCUAUAAAGUCUGCAGAGAAGAUGUGAAAUCAAAAAAAAAAUCUGCAGUUUAAAUAGUGCAAGGCUUAAGUCAAUAAUAAAAUGAAGUAAAUUGAUCAAAAUUUUUGCAGGGAAUGUGUUCGCGGCUCUUGUAAAAUUCUACGUUAUGGACCUGGAAGUUUGUCGCAAAAGCAUGGAUGUUACGACGGCAGAUCGUGUUACAAUGCUUUUAUUGCAUUCAGUAACUGACACAAGGUUAAGUUCAUUCACGUAAUAUAUAAAUAUAUAAAGAUGGCGCGAAAAUGAUUCAAUUUGCCGAUAAACGUGACUACACAAAUAACUCAUACUGAUAAAAAAGGAAAAACGAUGAAUGUUCAAAACAAGGGCCCAAAACGAUUCGGCGGAAAUGACGCAAAAUGAAUCGGCAUCUGCAUACACGUCGCUUACACACGACGGUGCAUUGCGUUUUGGAGUCGAUCUCGAAUUUCCCUCUUGAAAUCGACUGCCUUUGCCAGCCUCAAAAAGACAAUUAAAUCCGUUUUUGUUUGUCAUUUUUUGAUAUUGCAGUGAAAAUGGAGAAUAUCAAGAAGUUCUGGGUUCUGCAUCCGCUCUUAUCGACACGGUGUCAGAAGACGUUCUGGUCGAAUUGAUAGCUGUAAAUUUGAAGGAAAAUACAAAACCGAAGCUUUUUUUUAGGUCUUGUCAGAGUACAGAAGGAGAAUGGGUCACACAAUCCCAAACGUAAAUGGAAGAACAAAAAGAUCAACCGAAAACUUUGCGGCUGUUGCUACUAUAAAUGCGCCUCCUCCAACCGAAGAGCAAGUUUGUCGAUUCAGCGAUAAUCAUCACUUUAUCUUUUCUUUAAGGGAAACGAAAUGCUGAAAAUGUAUGAUAUUUUACUUGGAAAAGACCAACAAGUUGUUGAUGUAUGUAUGCUCAACAUUCAAGAUUUUCUCUCCGGAUUUUGUAUACAAUUGGAUUCUGCAGCGACUCGAAUUAUGUCUUCAGCGGUUACGAAAAAACGUGAUAAUUUUUUUUUUGAUCCAGCACAUUUUUCAGGGUGGAGCCUACACCGCCAUUCAAGCUCAGUCUGUCAAUUGCAAUAUUCAAGGUUGGAACGCCACAUAUAAAAUCAGCGGCACGAAGGAUGAAAGUGUACUCACUUUUAUCAGUAAAAAAGACAAAAAUUGUUGCUUCAGAUCACUUUCUCUUCAUCGUUUCCAUCAUCAUUCUCCUCUUGGAAGUGUGGAGAAAGUACAUCUUAUUGUCGGCACGUCUGUCUGGCCAGCGCUUCUUUUUCCCAAUCCGUGUUCGCCGACAAUCAUUACGUAUCUGAUUAUCUUUUCUCAAAUUCUUUAUCUUCAAUAAGCAGUAAUCGGUCCUCUUCCGAUUUAUAUCAGGUAACUUAGCACCCGAUCGUCACAAAAAAAAGAAAUUAUCAGAUUUCCCUACUUGAUCCGAUAUCAGGCUUAGCUUUACCGACUUCGAAGUCUCAGGUAGAGUACACGGCGAAUAUUCCAAUUUUUGGGUACAAAACGGUGGAUUAUUACAAUGUUUGAAUCUAUACUUUGAUGAAAGGAUAAUCCUCAAACUUCAGUGCCUGUUAUUCCAUCCUCGUACCGGCUGGGAUUCCACGAGCUGCACUUCGUCCAGUUUUGCUACCAAAAAAAACGACAAAGAUUUCAUCAGUUGUACUUGCAGCGCUUAUGGAAUAUUAGGGUAACUCUGUAGACGAAAACUUGGAAAUUUCAUCAGAAAAAUAUUUCAGGGUUUUCACUGUCAGCCCACCGGCUCCCCUGCACCUUCCUGAUCACAACGAAAUUUCCCUAACUUUCACUGUUGUAAGAAAAAAAAACUCAGUAAGAUUUUCAAUGACGAAUUGCAGACCACUACCAGAAUGAUGACACAAGCGCAAGCUCAGCUCGUUAUUUUAAGUUUGGGCUCUAUGGCAGAAAUCGACACAAGGUAAAAAUCUAUUCAGAGCGUCAAAAUUUGUGUAUUUUUUUGCUGCGAAAAUCUGAUAUUUUGACCUUGUAGCCUCCAUUCACCACUAGCACAAAGAAAAUUUAAUAAAAUUUUCAAACGAAAAACAGUUUUUUAGGCGGUUUGUGAAUGUCGCAACCAGAGGUGACCCUUCUGGCAUAAAUAGUACUUUGAAGGCUACCUUGCGGCCGCCUUUCAAAACGGAACAUCUCUCAAAUAGCUAUGUAAGUUCAUAUUUGAAAAAUGAAAAAAAGGAUAUGUUUCAGACCAUUCAAGCGCUUCAGAAAGUGAUCGCAGCUCAGCAACCAGACAAAUUUUUCAAGAUCACCAAUUUCACUUAUUGGAUUGUUACUCGGGGUAAGACAACAUUCCUUUCGUACGCUUAUAUAAAAUAAAACUUGAUUCGAGGUGGAAAACCAUAUAUGUUUGAACUUUUACAGAAAUGAACGCCGACGGGAACGCUCGUAAAAUCAUCAGCAAAAUUGAUAGAUCUUACCAGAAUAUCAUCGGAAAUAACUCGGACAUUAUUUCUAAGCGAUGGUCUUCUAGUAUUACAACUAUGCUGCGUAUUUCAGAAUAUCGGAUCAAAAAUGCCAAUAUUUUUAUGGGUUAGAUAACGAGAAGAAACUUUUUCGGAGCAUCGAAAAUUAAGGAAUAAUCUUCAACUUCACGAUAACAGUUCCCUUCGAAAGUGAAAAAAGUCCGCUGAGCGCAGAGGAAAUUUCCUUGAUGAUCCAGGUAAGAGUGAUUUAAACCCAGGUGGAAGAAUACGUACCCAGGAGUGCUCGAAGUACAAUGAAUUGAGUUUCCUGAGUGAUCAGGGCGAAUCUUUAGAACCAAAUGUGAUUCAAGACACCGACAUCGUCCAGCUUGUCGUUAUUCACGGUAAAUUAGAAGUUCACUUUUUCUAUUGUAUUGAUUUUAUAGAAACGAACAAACUCGUUCUGGUAAUCAUCGUCGUUCUAUGUGCGGUUUUGGGUCUUGGCAGUUUGUACAUCGGUGGGGCUAUCGUCGUCAAAAUACGAACCGACCGACUGAUAGAGGAGGUCAUAUAUUUCUUUUUUGGUAGUUUUCUGAAGUUUGGCUCAUUAAUUUCUCGAUUUUACAAAAAUAAGCAUGUUUGCUUGUUUUGUGGUUUCAAAUGAAAGACACCACAAAGUCUUGAAAGGCCAUAAAAAGACGUUUGAAUGAAUUUUGAACUUUUCUUUUGAAGAUAGUUGGAAUUUUCAGAAGCUUUAUUACGCCAACAUAAAAUCACCACUGCUUUGAAGUUCCAUGCUUGUUUUCUAAGUCAAUUGAGUUUUUAAGGAGCGCAGAAGGGCUGUACUGGUAGAUCCUUUCUUGGUUUCGCCUCCUCCUCCUCCUCCAGAAUAUGGAAACACGACAAGCUCUUUCGCUCCAACGACUGUGGGACAACAAUAUCGUAACUUCAAAUUUGUAUUCUUUUGAGUAGCUUUUUUUCAGCUCAUCGUCGGAAUCGCAUCGAGGCCAGACACUAUUGA